GCCGGGGGGCGCGGCGAGCGGGGCCGCGCGGGGCCGCCCGGGGGUAACGCGCUUCUUUCCUCCCCACCGUGCGUGUGUAGCGGCGGAGCGGGCGGCGGCGCGAUGGCUUCCAGCAGCGGCACCGACGUGAUCCAGGUCACCAACGUCUCCCCCAGCGCCAGCUCCGAGCAGAUGCGGACGCUCUUCGGCUUCCUCGGAAAGAUCGAGGAGCUGCGCCUCUUCCCCCCCGAUGACUCUCCUUUGCCUGUUUCGUCGCGUGUCUGUUUUGUAAAGUUCCAUGACCCUGACUCGGCAGUUGUGGCCCAGCAUCUGACAAACACUGUAUUCGUUGACAGAGCGUUGAUAGUCGUACCCUAUGCAGAAGGAGUUAUUCCUGAUGAGACUAAGGCUUUGUCUCUCUUGGCACCAGCUAAUGCGGUGGCAGGUCUGCUGCCUGGAGGUGGACUCCUGCCUACUCCCAACCCACUUUCUCAGAUUGGUGCUGUUCCUUUAGCUGCUUUAGGAGCUCCUGCUCUGGAUCCUGCCCUAGCUGCUCUUGGGCUUCCUGGAGCAAACUUAAAUUCUCAGUCUCUUGCAGCAGAUCAGCUACUAAAGCUCAUGAGCACAGUGGAUCCAAAGCUGAACCACGUAGCUGCAGGUCUCGUUUCACCAAGUCUGAAAUCAGAUACCUCCAGUAAAGAAAUAGAAGAAGCAAUGAAAAGAGUACGAGAAGCACAGUCGUUAAUUUCUGCUGCUAUAGAGCCAGACAAAAAAGAUGAAAAGCGGAGGCAUUCAAGGUCAAGGUCACGCUCGAGGAGGAGGAGGACACCUUCUUCAUCUAGACACAGACGAUCGAGAAGCAGAUCAAGGAGAAGGUCCCAUUCAAAGUCAAGAAGCAGGAGGCGAUCUAAAAGUCCCAGGCGAAGAAGAUCUCAUUCCAGAGAGAGAAGCAGAAGGUCCAGGAGCACAUCCAAAACCAGGGAUAAAAAGAAGGAAGAGAAAGAAAAGAAACGUUCUAAAACUCCUCCCAAAAGCUACAGCACAACUAGACGAUCACGAAGCACAAGCAGAGAAAGACGCCGCAGAAGAAGCAGGAGUGGAUCACGGUCACCGAAAAAACCCAGGUCUCCAAAAAGGAAAAUGUCGCGCUCCCCGUCCCCGAGGAGACAUAAAAAGGAAAAAAAGAAGGAUAAAGACAAGGAGAGAAGCAGAGAUGAGAGGGAGCGGUCGACAAGCAAGAAAAAGAAAAGCAAAGACAAAGAGAAGGAUCGAGAACGGAAAUCUGAGAGCGAUAAAGACGUGAAACAGGUCACAAGGGAUUAUGACGAAGAAGAACAAGGGUAUGACAGCGAGAAGGAGAAGAAGGAAGAAAAGAAGAUGGCAGAUUCUUCCUCUCCUAAAGUGAAGGAGUCCGCCAGUGAUAAGGGAAGCGGAGAUCCAGCACGGGAGUCCAAAGUGAACGGGGACGAUCACCACGAAGAGGACAUGGACAUGAGUGACUGAGUGUUGCCUUUGGGUGAGCGUGGCAGCAGAUGUGCGCCAGUGUCAUUCCUUUGUGAUUCUUUUCUCUGUACCUGUUAACCCUGAAUCUAGCUGUACACAGCCCUAAGCUCCUCCUGGUCUGUAAACCCGAUACUAACGCCCAUCAGAAGCCUUGGGAAGGUGACCGUGUGCGGCGUGGCCGGACGGGCUGCGUGGCCAAGGCCGUUCUUACUAACUUGGUGAUGCUUCAAGCAAAGUCAAAGCUGCAUGCAUCAGCAGCAGGCAUGGACUGUGUGUGUAUGACCUCCCUAGUCAAUCAGCUCGCUCACGGUAGUGUUCCUAGAGUUUGAUCCAUUGCAGUAAUAGAGCAGUAUAGGGAAUGCACCGACUGCAUGUUGAUCAUGGCAGAAACAUCCUCCGUCUUCUCCAGUCCUACAACAUGGUGGAUCUACUGAAGGGUCUUAAGUGUGACUACACACACACACAAAAAAAAUGACAGUACACCUGAAAAUAAGCAUUCUGAUAGAGAUAGUUCUUUGUUUCUGUUCUUUUUUAAGCCGUGUGGCUGGGGUUCCUUUGGUUUGGUUUUGUUUUUCCUGGUGGGUUUUAUUUGGCUUUCACAGUUGAAAUGCACUAACCUUUUUGAGGGCUUUUUUGUUUUUUUAAUCCAUCAGCUCAAAUCCACCUCAGGCCAGUUGUGAUGGUUCCUAACGUUCUGUGGGGAGUAGGAGCACUGUGUGAUCUGUGCCCAGUGAUUAAAGGUUGAUGGGUGCAGUUCUCAUCAUCCAGGUCGUUUUAGUUGUUAAUGAGCUAAACACGUUGCAAAAAGGUAGUGCAUUUUAAAACUGACCUUCCUAUGCUUUUAAAAACAAGUCUACUUGAUAAUGUACUUUUUACUUGAUCUCAAGUUGUAUAAACUAAUCAAUUUGUGUUUACUGUCACUGCAGUAGUAACCUUAUGCACACAGUGAUUCCAUGUUAUCUGCAAAGUAGUUAGGCAAAGCUGUUUCCUUAGUUACACAAGUUCCAGAGCUUUUACUUUUGUGCAGGUAAAAAGACAAAAGUAGGCUGCAGUCUGUGCCAUGUUGAUGUACAGUUUCGGAAAUUGUUUUACAGAACUUUGAUAAUAAAACCCUUAAACUUA